AUGGCGGAGGCGGCCUCGUGCGGCGCGGCACCGCCGUCGUUCCUGUCCCUGGAGCCGCAGCUGCAGCGCGCGGUGCAGAACAAGGUGCGGCGUGUCCGCAGCAACAAGGCGGCGCAGGAGCGGCUGACCCCGGGCGUGGUGUACGUGGGGCACCUCCCGCGCGGGCUGUGCGAGCCGCAGCUCCGGGAAUACUUCCAGCAGUUCGGAACCGUAACGAGAAUGAGACUCUCACGGAGCAAGAAGACGGGAGGCAGCAAAGGCUACGCCUUCAUCGAGUUCGAGUCUGACGACGUGGCCAAGAUCGUGGCAGACACGAUGAACAAUUACCUGUUCUCUGAGAGGCUGCUCAAGUGUCAGUUCAUGCCUCCUGAAAGGGUCCACGCUGACCUCUUCAAAAACAGCCACCGCAUGUUCCAUAAGCCGUCCCAGCCGGCGGUGAAGCGCUACAACAAGGUCCGUUCCCUGGUUGAGAAGGCAAAGAUGGCCAAGCGGCUGCUGCGGAAGGAGAACAAUCUGCGGAAGAGACUGGCUGAAAAAGGGAUCAAGUACAGCUUCCCUGGAUUUGCUGCACAGAGCCUUCCUGCCAAGUGGAAGAAAGCAAAAGCAUCCAAGCCCAAGCAGAAUGUUUCUCUGACCAGCCAGGAUCCUACUCCGGUCUGUACUCCUACAGUGCUGCAGCGCAGGAAAGCUCACCAGGCGGAUGAUGACACAGAAGACAAUGAAAUAGUGAUCAAACUGCCCCCUCCAAGCGCUAAGAAAACUGCGCAGAGACCAAAGAAGCAGCCAAGGAAAAAAAACAACUCAAAGAAACAAAAGUAG